AGUCAGUACUUGACAUGGUAGAAUUAACACACAGAGCAGCUCGACUCUGGGAAAUUCACAAACCAACCAACCAACCAACCAACCAGGCUGUUUGAUCGAUUGAACACUCCAACUACCAUCCAUCAAUUGAAUAAUAUUAUCGUCUUCUCAGCUCUCAAAAUGGAUAUUAGACUCUUACGUCCUUCAGAUAUUCCGCACGUUCAACAUGCAAAUAUAACUAAUCUUCCCGAAAAGUUCGUCUCCUCUACCCCUCCAUCUACUCCUCCAUCCGCCUCUCCUCCUCCAUCCUCCCCCGGGCAUCCUCCCACUAACAUCUCCCCCCUCCAAAAAAUAGCUAUUUCCUAAAAUACUACCUCUACCACGCAAUCUCCUGGCCACAACUCUCCUACGUCGCAGUAGACGUCUCGCGGCCCCAAAAAACCCCCUACGAUUAUCCCCGCAUCGUCGGCUAUGUUCUUGCGAAAAUGGAGGAGGAUCCCCAGGAUGGGGUGCAGCAUGGUCAUAUUACUAGUUUGAGUGUUAUGCGCACGCAUCGGAGGUUGGGAAUUGCAGAGAAAUUGAUGAGGCAGAGUCGUAUGUUUCUUUUUCUUUUUUUAUCAUGGGGAGAUGAGAGGGGAUGGAUGGUGCAUUUGGAGUUAUGAGAUGAGGGGUUAAGACGGAUUCUCGGAUAUAUGAUAAUAAUCUAUGAAGAAAGCUAACAAUAUACCCCCCAAAAAAUAGAAAAAGCAAUGGUAGAAACUUUCUCCGCUCAAUACGUUUCCCUCCAUGUUCGCGUCUCCAAUCAAGCAGCUCUCCGUCUCUAUCGCGACACACUUGGUUUCCAGACGGAAAAAAUCGAAGCAAAAUAUUACGCUGAUGGGGAAGAUGCAUACUCGAUGAAUUUGGAUUUAUCGUAUAUCCGCGAACAGAUUUUAGAUGAGGCGGAAGAGGAUGAAGGGGAAGCGGUUGGAAGCGCGGGGAGUAAGAAAGAUGUUCAGGUUUUGGAAGAGGGGAAGGAUGUAGCCAUUGGGGAAAAGAAGAGAAAGGUUAAGGUUGGGCGUGGAUUGGGUGUUGGGGAGUUGGUGGAAAAGAAUGAGGCGUUGCCUAUUAGGGAGGGAGGUGAGUGAGUGAGUGAGUCGCAUGGUUUGAUGUGAUUCUUUUUUCCUAUCUCUGGUGUCUUUCCUCGCUUUGAUGCGGGAUGCAUGCAUGCAUGGGAUGAGGAUAUGUACCUACCUAUUAAAAGUAUGGUAUUUUGGCUGAUUGGCUUGGAGACGGGAUAUUUUAUUAUAUUAUAUUC